UAGCACUGACACAAAUAAACUGUGCUUUUGCUAUUGGGAGCAGAGCAGCAGCCAACUGCAACUCACCUGCUCCCUACAUACAUGCAACACCACCUUCCCCAACUGCUGCUGCUAUCAGUCUGCUUAACCUUCUGAAGAUAGCAAACAGCAUGUCCCAUCCCCUGUACAACCCCUAUGCCUCUGGGAACCAAUGUUCCACGCAAGGACAGUAUGGACAAAGUACAGGUCAACCAGAGAGGGACCCUCGGAGAACAUCUCGUUCUGUACUGGGCUCCAGCUUCAACACAUCAGGAGGUUCUUCAUCAGCUUCUACCAAGCCCCCAGGAAAGAUUCCACCUCUCAUGUCUCAGCAAGUGAGCUACAGGCCUGAGCAAAGUAGGGCCUUAGUUGAUGAUGACAUACAGAGGUCCAUAGACUUUCAUAUUAGUAGAGCCAGAGAGGAGGUAAUGUUUCUUGACAAGCCAACUCAUCAGCCUAUAAACCAGAGCAGUCGCUUUGUGAACACGCAAAGAGAUGCAUUUCUCCCCUCAAGCACAAGGAUGGCAGACUUUUCAAUGUCCUCAACUUCUGCUACACUACAGCAAAGACAGUCUGACACUGAAAGUGCCAGUAGCUCUAUGGACUGGUUGUCAAGCUACAAGAAGCCUGCAUCUGAUGAUUCGUCCAAUUUUUUUUCGUCAUCAGCUUCAUCUAGCUACGUAAGCAGUAAUGACAGCAGAUUUAAUCGUUCCAGUGAAAGAGACCGCAACACUCAGUCCAUCCCUGGCCUAAGUAACUUUGACUAUCCAAACAGACCUGUCAACACUGAGUCCAGUCAACCCAAGUACACUUCUGAAUCGGCUGCCAACAUUCUUCUGCACUUUGGACUUGAAAAAGAGGACUUGGAGCAUCUCAUCUCAUAUCCUGAAGAUCAGAUAACCCCUUCCAACCUACCAUUUAUUUUGCGCCAAAUUCGUAUUCAGAAGGCCAAAAGAACCCCUUCUGCAGCUCAAUCAAAACCAUACUCUGAAAGUCAACCCUCCCGAAAAAUGAGUGAAAUGGACAGUACUGCUAGCAUGGCCAUGAGAAGGCAAGAAGAAAUCUCAUCAGCUGUUCUUCAGCCAAGUAAAGUGAUUGACUAUGGACAUACCGGCAAAUAUACUGGAGGGACUGGUGAUGAGAUUGGAAUGGUUACUGGCAGUAGAUCUAAUAGUAGCGGAAGUGGAAAUACACUUCUGUUGGAUUCCUACGAUGGUAGCCACAGCCGAGAACCACUGAAAAAACACCCAACAGAUGUGAGAAGUAGCGCCUUGGAUUCCUCACGCGAGCAGCGGAGCUCUAUUACAAAUCUCUUAUCAUCUUACAGAACUGAGCCUGAUACUAGAGAACUGAGCUCUCUGGUUCCUAAAAGCAAUGACCCAGCUAAACUACUGCAGAACCAACAAACCAAGCAAUCUUCUCAAAUAAUCCAGAGCUCCUUUUCUCUACCAAAAAAGGACACUGACAUAAGAGUUCACAAAACUGAAGUAUCCAAAACUCUUCCUCCAAAAGACUCAAAUGUAGGUUCCCAGGCUUCAAAAACCUCCACGUCCAACACGCUGUUUCGUGAUGUUCAUCCCAGCCGACCUGGUCUUGUGAUCUUUGACAGUAGGGCUUCUACUGCCAAUAAGAUUCAUAAGACUACGGGACAAGGUUCAACAGCUGCUGAGCAGAUGAAAAAACAGCAACAACCACCUUUGCAGAUUCCAGCAUUAUGGCCUCCAGUUUUCUCCGCUGCAAAACCAGCUCCAGUUCGUCCCAUCUCGAUGAACACCAACUUAAAUGCCUCCCAUGCCAUGGCUCGCUCGGUGUUUGUUCCAGGUGCUCCUCCUCCAAUUGUCAUUUCUUCAGCCACACCUCAGGGAAUCCCAAGCUUGUUCACCCGUGCGCCGAUGAUCCUUCCCAGCAGACAGCCUACAGCAGCAGCGGCGGCAGUGUCCAAGGGUCUACCAUCUGCAGCCAUGAUGCAUGACUAUGCAGCGGCCUCACCGAAAAUUUUCCCUCAUACCUGUUCUCUGUGUAACAAAGAAUGUGGUACAAUGAAGGACUGGAUCUCCCACCAGAACACCAGUCUUCACCUAGAGAGCUGCAAAGUCCUCCGAGCAAAAUACCCAGAGUGGGAUGGUGAGAUAGCACUCAGGCCUAGUGCUGCAGGGAAAGAUGCCAAUCCCGUGCCCACAACCUCUGCCUCGGUUUCUCAGCAUCGCCACCAGAAAACAAGGCGUGGAAGAAGCUCUUGCUCCCGCUCCAGGUCUCGGUCAAGGUCGCGCUCAUCCACCCCACGUGGGCGCCAUGAGACUAGAAGAGACAGAAGGAGCCGAUCCCAAUCGCCACGUAGCGCCAGAUAUUCACACAGGUCUCGUUCUCGCUCACCACGUUACAAUCGCCAAACUUCUGGCCGUCAUCGGUCGCGUUCCAGGAGCCAUGAACGACGAUCCUCACCAAGAAGAAGGGACGAGAAAAGGUCCUCACCAAGGAGUGAAGAAAGGCGAUCGUCUCCUUGGAACAGUGAGCGACGGUCGCCACACAGGCGAGGUGACACUAGGCGAUCCUCUCCUAGAAGAAGUCGUGAAAGACGGUCGUCCACUGAGAGGUCAUCACCUCAACGCGCCAGUUCAAGCAGUGCAGAGAGACUGGCAAAGAAACUACUAGAAAAAACAGCUGCCCAGUCUCUGUCAAAACCCUCUGAACUGGAAGCUGUAGUUAAAAGUCUAGCUCCCGCCUUACUGGCCGAGCUUGCCAAGAUAAGAUCUUCUGCUACUUCCUCCUCACCAGCGUCCAAAGGAGAAAAAAGCUCCCGGUCCUCUCUCGCGCUUAAGGAUAAGAGUUCAUCUUCUCCUGCUUCUUCAACAGCCUCUGCCACAACAUCUAAAAAUAAGGUUCCAGCAACAUCAAACAAAGCAAAGGCCAGUCUACAGAAAACAAAGUUAAAUGCUUCUACAAAGACUAAGGCCAAGCCUUCACCUCCAACCAUGGUGAAGAUAAGUGGGGUUCGUACUUCUCUCUCACAUAGUGACGUGGUCACUGCUGUGGAGCAGUUUGGAAAAACCAAAUCAGUUGUAUUGUUUAGGUCCAAAGUAGAGGCAAUUGUAUGUUUUGAGAAGGAGGAAGAUGCCAAGAAGCUGAAGAAUAUAGGGAUGUUUCACAUAAAAGGAAUGUCAGUCAGUGUUGUGAAUGAAGAGGCUACUGAAUCUAAAGAGGAAAAUAUGACUGCACACAAAAACCCCGCACUAAAACCAGCAUCAGCAAAUAUCUCCACACAUCAGGCCACCAAGCCUAAAGCCCCUGCUGCCAAACCUAUGAGCAAAAAGAUUAUAUUCUCGAAACCUGGCAAAACCAAGGUUUGUUCUGUUGGGAAGUCAUCAACUUUAUCAUCUGGCACCAAAAGUACAAGUAUGAACCUCUCCAAGGAAAAAGGUGUUGUGAAGAGCGCUUCAAACGUUUCUAAAGCAAAAACAUUGCUUUCCAAAGCAAAAAAUGUGUCGUCUGAACAGAAAGCAAUGUCUGAUAAAUCAGCAAAUGUUCCUGGUAUUAAAACAUCUAAGCUCUCACAAACUGGCACUACCCCUGCAAAAACUGGCACUACUCCUGCAAAAACUGGCGCAAAGGCAAAAGGAUCAACUGUGAAGGACACAAAAGUACUAUCCAACAAAGAAUCAGAAAAGGUGAUUAACGAGGCCUCACAGCAUCAAAACAAAAAGGUGACAUCGAAUGAGGCUUCAGAGAGUCGAAAGGAGACGAAGGUGACGUCCAACAAGGCUUCAGAGAAGGUGACGUCCAACAAGGCUUCAGAAAAUAAGGAGACGAAGCUGACGUCCAACAAGGCUUCAGAGAGUCAAAAGGAGACGAAGGUGACGUCCAACGAGGCUUCAGAGAAGGUGACGUCCAACAAGACUUCAGAAAAUAAGGAGACGAAGCUGACGUCCAACAAGGCUUCAGAAAAUCAGAAGGAGGAGAAGGUGAUGUCCAACGAGGCUUCAGAGACAGUGACGUCCAACGAGGCUUCAAAAAAUCAGAAGGAGACGAAGCUGAUGUCCAACGAGGCUUCAGAGAAGGUGACGUCCAACAAGGCCUCAGAGAGUCAAAAGGAGACGAAGGUGAUGUCCAACGAGGCUUCAGAGAAUCAGGAGACAAAGGUGACGUCCAACAAGGCUUCAGAAAAUCAGAAGGAGACGAAAGUGACGUCCAACGAGGCUUCAGAGAAGGUGACGUCCAACGAGGCUUCAGAGAAGGUGACGUCCAACGAGGCUUCAGAAAAUCAGAAGGAGACGAAGGUGACGUCCAACGAGGCUUCAGAGAAGGUGACGUCCAACGAGGCUUCAGAGAAGGUGACGUCCAACGAGGCUUCAGAGAAGGUGACGUCCAACGAGGCUUCAGAGAAGGUGACGUCCAACGAGGCUUCAGAGAAGGUGACGUCCAACGAGGCUUCAGAGAAGGUGACGUCCAACGAGGCUUCAGAGAAGGUGACGUCCAACGAGGCUUCAGAGAAGGUGACGUCCAACGAGGCUUCAGAGAAGGUGACGUCCAACGAGGCUUCAGAGAAGGUGACGUCCAACGAGGCUUCAGAGAAGGUGACGUCCAACGAGGCUUCAGAGAAGGUGACGUCCAACGAGGCUUCAGAGAAGGUGACGUCCAACGAGGCUUCAGAGAAGGUGACGUCCAACGAGGCUUCAGAGAAGGUGACGUCCAACGAGGCUUCAGAGAAGGUGACGUCCGAGGCUUCAGAGAAGGUGACGUCCAACGAGGCUUUAGAGAAGGUGACGUCCAACGAGGCUUCAGAGAAGGUGACGUCCAACGAGGCUUUAGAGAAGGUGACGUCCAAAGAGGCUUCAGAGAGUCAGAAGGAAACAAAUGCAAUGUCCAAUGACUCAAAAACUAAGGUGAAAGAAUCUGUGCUAGUGACAGAAAACAUGAUGGCUGUUAAGAUGUGUGAUCCUGCGGUCAGUGAGACACAACCACACCUUCUCAAAGUUGAUGUGGAGGAAAAAGAUGAACCGAUCGAGGUCACAACUGAGGAAAUAAGCAGAGAAGAGGCACAGCCCAUGGACUUUGAAGCUUGUGUUGGGGACAUAGGGGAAAAAUUGACAAAUACAGAAAAUUUACCACACAAAUGUGAGAGUCUGUCACCGCUCAGUAUUGCUGAGACAACACCAGCUGCUUCUCAGCUUAGUCAACCCUCUGUUUCACCUGAAAAAACAACAGCAACUCCUAAACCUGCAGACACACAUACUUUGGAUGGAGCAUCGUUGCAGAUCGACCAAAGCAUCUUGAUGAAAGCGGAGUCGCCUGCUCCAAGUCUGCAAGUUAAGACCCAUGAUGAGCAAACAGGCUCAGGAAGCUCACCUGAAACCGCUUUGGAGUCUAACAUAACUGUUGAGCUGGAGACAAAGAAAAUGCAAAAAGAGCAUGACGCUAUUGUGAAGAAUAGUGACUACACUUCAUCCAAGGAGGCUGCCUCAGCUAUAAGCAAAGUUUCAGCUGCAUCAACUGAAGAUGCAACAUCUGAUCAACCUAUAUCCACAGCUGCAUUACAGAGCAAACAACAAGCAACAGCAACCACAGAGUCUCCAACGGCUGUAGAGAGCAAGACUCCAAUAGCAACAACAGUGUCGCCUUCAUCUUAUAUUGGCUCUGUCAAUAUACCGGAGCUGGUGAACCUACAUGAAAGACAUUUCUCAUGCUUCAAGAGAGAAACUUGCUUCAAAAAACAAUUUCUGACACGUGACUGCACCAUGCUGCUCAUCUCCAAUUUGCCCAAGUAUGAUGGUUGCUACACAGAGGAAGACAUUGCCAAGCUGCUAAUCCCUUCUGGAUUUAUAUACAAAGAUGAAACGAUACAAGUCAUCCCCCAAGCAUGCAUGGCAUUUGCCUUGAUGCCAUCAGCAGUUAACGUGCAACACAUUUUGAAACGAUGCUCUGGGCUCUCGCGGAUUACUUUCAAAAACCAUCAAGUUAAAGUGAGCGUGGUGUCGUGCAAAAGUGAAUUGUCAGAACUUGGGUUCUAUAAGUACAUGAUGACUAAAAUAAAGCGGCCAAUAGAUAACAGUGUAAGAGUAAUCUGCAUCAAAAACAUUUCGGAAAUCGAGGCCAGAGACCUCAAGGAGGCUUUGAAAAAUAUUGAUGGUGUUACAAACUACUUUCCUCUUCUGAACAAGGUUUAUAUUGAAUUCAAGACUAUUUUUGAUGCUGACCGACUUGGAGUUUGGUACAGCCUGCUUAAACAAGCUCCCAAACACCACACCUGCAGGCUGGCAGUACCACGUAGCUGCCCAUUUCCACUGCCUCCAAAACUUCCCCAAAAAGCUGUGCCAGACAGCCAGCAUAUUGUUGUGGCAAGGUCAAAAUUUGACAUACCACAGGGAACCAUUACACCACUUUGGGUCAUGCUGGCAUCUAGUCCCUUUUUGUUUCCUACUUCAUCUCCUUGGUUCAACAUUCCAGAUUUUCUAACUGUUAAAUCACUGGGCGCCCUCCAGAGGGCCAAGAGUCGAGGGGCAGCUGUCCACACAAUCAUGUUGACUGGUCUGCCAGAAGGAAAUUACAAGCAUGAGGAUGUUGCCAAACUGGUCUGGCCUUAUUUCCGCACACAAGAUAUGAGAGAUCUGUACUACAAUGUGAUCGUCCUACCUCUGCAGAAGAGGGCUUUUGUAAAGUUCCCGAAUUGGAAAGCGUGCUGCGAUUUUGCUCAAGUUCACAUCCAUAAUAGACCUCGUAUCAAAGGCGCUUCAGUCAUAAUUCAUUUUGUAUUUAAACCCAUGCAUCUACAAUCAACUGAGGAGCUCAUGUACGAAAAUCUGAUGAAAUGGAGCAAUGCUCGUGUCCCAGAUGUUGAGUCCUUGGAAGAGCGGCUGCUCUGUGUGGAGAUCUCAGAAACAAGUGUGGACAUAAUCAGAAUGGUCCUGAAAGCAGUGUCCUCCAUUGCUCCUUUUGUCAGCUUCCUGCCACUUGCCAACAGGAUAUGUGUUGAGAUGGCUGACCCCAGUGGUGUAACACAGGUGUUGGAGAAAUGCAACACUUUCAAGACCUCAUUUCAAGACUGUGUGUUGUGGAGUAAAGUCGAACGUUUUGAACAUUUGAAGAGCCUCAAGCAGCGCAUUGAUGACUCCCGUGAUAUCCCAAUAAAUCUGAAUGCAAACACCAUCAGUGUUGAGAGUAAGCCUCCAGCUGUGGCCUGUCAACCACAGCCGUCUCCUAGACCUUCCAACAGUGGAGCCGCUGUUUCAGAGUCGGUAACAGCAGCAAGUGCCACUGCUACAGAAAAGUGUGAAGAAGUGCCACAAACAGCUGCACCUGCUAAAGAGGUCGUGGCAAACCUCCCAGUAAUUGAUGACAACACAUUCAGGAUCAUAACAGCAGCUGUUCGUGAGCGCAGGCUAACUCGAGAAACCACCACAAAAAACCUGAACAAAGAGAGUAAAGGCAACAAAAGCUCAAAAAGUUCAAAUGACGAACAAGAGAAAAAGGGUCAGGUUGAUUUUACAAACGACGAUGUCCCUUUACAGGACUCUUUUUUUCAUGACCUUAAAUUUAACAUGGAAGAUUUUGUCACUGUUGAUGAAGUAGGCGAUGACGUGGAAAACAUGAGCCCUGACCACCAUCACUCCCCCUCCAGGGAAAUGAGUGAAAGCCAAUCUACUGACAAACAGGUCUCAACAGACUCCUCAAAAGACUCAAAGAAUUCAGCCUCUCCACCAUCCACCUCAUCUUCCUUAUCCAAGAUUGAUUGUCCACUGUCUGCUGGAAGCCCUUCUUCACAUGAUCAGAAACAACAGGGCAAAACAUCUCCAGGUGAGCUUGUUGAGGCUUCAGUAACAACUGCAUCACAGAGAGAGAAACCAAAGGGUACAGAGGCAAAGUCUGACCACUGUGUGUCACCAAAGGACAGUGCUGAAAAAAUUGUUGAGUCAGAGACAAAAAUAGAAUUACUUCCAGAGAUGCAUCCAUGUGCACACUCCCCGAGUCUGCAGAAGGAUGAUAUAAUGAAAGAGAAGACAAACGAAGAUGAGAGGAAAGAGCAUUGUAUUGACAAAACUGCAGAGGAGGAGGUGGAUGAUGAUGAUGAUGAAAAUUACCACAUCAUUGACUCACUCGACGAACAGAUGGAUGAUGGGGACCAAGAAAGCAAACUGGCAACUUGUCUUACUGAAUCUGAGGAAGCUCAAAGUUUGGUUUCGGAAGUCCUUCAGGUCUUAGACAGCGUUGACGAUGAAACUAAAGUCUGCCCACAGGAGGGAGGUGAAGUGGAAAUGGGUCCCUCUUUCAAAGUGCUGGACAGUGUUACUGAACAAGCUGCUACAAGCCAAGAUGACAGUCCACAACCUAAGGAUGAUACACUGUUGGAGCAAGAUGUGACUAAAGUUCUUGGCGUACCUGAAGAGAAAUUUUCAACUGAAGAUACAAGUUCUAAUUGUCAAGAAGUGGAGGACAGUAAUUCCCAAAUGUUAGAUACAGUUACCAAUCAAGUCCAGAGGGUAAAAGAAGAAGAAAGAAACCAAGAAACAGAAGAGCAAAUUCAAAGUAAAACGCUUUCAGGACAAUCCUCUAAACACAUGGAGAGUGUUGACCAUGUUCAAAAUGAGGACUCCUCUAUUGAACACCGUGGCCUUUCUAGUGAUGCUAAUGAGCAAGAAACAUUUGAGGUGCUAGAUUCCAUUGACGAUCAUUUGGAAAUGGAAGAUGGCACAAAAACCAAAACAUCCAGCGAUGGGACUCAUGGAGAAAACGAUCGGCCGAUCGUGACAACAGAGACGGAUUCAGAGACUGACAGGGAAACGAGGUACAACAAAGAUGAAUCUACCACAAGCAAGUACAGUGGACAUUCAAAGAGGAGCAGCACCAGGAGUAAAACAGUGAAAAGUGAAGACGCAAGAACCAAGACAGACACAACUGCAGGAACUUCUACAACAGGCAACGAGAUCACUGAAGAAGUGGAGUUUGAGAUUGUAGAUUCUGUAGAAGAUGAACCAGCCCAAAAUGUUGUCGCCACAGAAAGGUCUGGUAGAAGAAGGAGUGCAAGGGGAAAGAGAGAGGAUGGGAGCAAAGACACACCGUUCAAGAUUGUAGACUCUGUAAACGAUGAGACUGGCAACGAGGAAACAACCAUUACCACAAGAUCUACAAGAGGAAGAAGGGAUAAAAUGGUUACCGAUUUAUCAAGUGACAAGUCCAAAAUGGAGGAAACCCCAACAAGAAGGAGGCACGCUCCAGCCAGAGAUCCACAGGAAAAAGCAGCAACCAAAGAAAACGCCUCAAAAGAAAGCUCACCAACCAAGAAGCGUGACAACAAAAAGGAGGUAAGUGAGGAGGCUGCUACAUAUGAAAUAUUAGAUUCUCUAGAGGAGGAAAAUCCUAAGAGUGACCAGCCCGCCACGAAAGGCAAGAGAAAAAGGGGCCGACCAAAGAAAGAAAGUGUAACCGUAACGAAGACUAACAAAGAUGCUUCUGAUAAAGUGGCUGAAGAAGUGACUUAUCAAAUUCUUGAUUCUGUGGAGGAUGAAGUAAUUGAUUAUGAUCCUCCAAAGUGCUUCGUGAGUAUAAAAUUGGAGAAAAUUCCUAUAAAUGACGACCAGCCAACAAAGAGCACAUCUAACUCAGAACCCCCCAAGACAGAGGAUGAGGAAGAAGAGCCUGUGUACGAGAUUGUAGACUCUCUGGAAGAUGAUCAGGUCCAAGAAGAGCCAGUGACCACUGUCGUGGAAGCAACUAAACAUGGUGAUUUGGCCAAGAUGGGUGAGGAUGCACAGACCCCAGAUAAUAAGGGUCAAGCGUCGGACAGUAAAUGUGACACUCUUACCUCAACAAGCAAUCUAGAAGCGCUCGAUGAGGUAAGUGAGGAUGAGGAGGAUUUCCCUGAUGACACGGCCGAGAAGGAAGAGCUGAGGAAAAGGCAGGCUGCUACGAAACGUAAGCACCUGGCCAACGAGCAAAAGAAGGGUCUGGAGAGGAAGACCAGAGCCAGAGAGGAGAAAGAGCAAAGGAGCAGCAGCAGAGGAGGAGGAGGAGGCCUUGAUGGGGAGGUGAGCGGGGAGGAGGAGGAGGAGGGAAGGACGCCGGAGGAAGAGUUGGAGGUAGACCCCAAAGAACUUCUGACACUGGAUGAAGUGGGAGCAGAUGAGGGCGGAGAGGAAACGUCACAGGAGCUCCCGGAGUGGGAUGGAGACAUCCCUGAGGCGGAGCUGCAGGCGCUUGUUACACUGGAUGAGAUUGUGGAGGAAGAGGACGAAGAGGAGAAAGUGGAGCAAAGCGCAGCAGAAUCCCAGUCUUCCAGUGUGGAAGGAUCAGCAGAAAAUCCCAAACUAGAGACACUGGUGACUUUGGACGAAGAGGAGGUUGAUGAAAAUCAAGCCGAGACGACAUCUGCUAAACGUAAACACGAGGACACAGAGGAGAAUAUCAACUAUGUUACAGUAGAUGAGGUGGGUGAGAAUGAAGAGGUGGCAGAAAAGGAAGCAGCCCCUACCAGGCCAAGAGGUCGUCCCAGGAAGAGAGCCAGACAGACCCCUGUGAGAAAAUCCAUUAGAGGAAAGACCAUUCAGGCGAAAAGCGAGGGAAAGGAAUCCUCUGACACGGACGUCCCACCUCCCACGUCACUGGAUUCUUCCUCAUCACUGUCAGUGCUAAGCAGCCAGACUGACAUCCAGGCAGCGGACACCGGUGACACCUCUGCUGGUCAGAAGCCUCGGCUUGAGGACCAGAGCUGUGAUGAAUGUGUGGAACAGGGAGAAGAGGAGAAGGAAGGAUGGAGCAGCGCAAACGUGAAAGUUGCGAGCAAGCGGAGGAAGGAGCUUGUUGGACCUGAAGCAAAGCGAUCUCGUUCUCAGUCUCCUCUUGUCGCAGCAGACUUCAAGCUUCCACCGUUUGACGCCAGCAGCCCCCUCGGUCAAGAGUUUGUGGUCCCCAAGUCAGGCUACUACUGUCACCUGUGCUCUGUUUUCUACCUGAAUGAAAGCUCGGCCAAAGACCUUCACUGCAGCAGCCAGAGGCACUACAACAACCUGCAGAACUAUUACCAGAAGCUUCAGCAGAAACAGUCGCCAUCAACGCAAAACUCUCGAGGCUUCAUUUCGGAAUAAUCCUGAUCUCAACUGUUCUUUGUAAAUAUGAAAGUAUAUUCCCAUGGUUGCUCUGCUCGGUCUCUCACUGCCUCCUGCACCGGAGUGUUGAUGCCUCACUGUGGGUCCUGAAAAACCUGUAACAAGACUUUUCAUUAUUGGGUUUUGUGUCAUUUUUGAAUUGUUUGGUUUUGCAACCAAGCGCAACUGAAAUAAGAUCAAAUGUGACUUUAGUUGAAUUAUAAAAAAGUGAAAGUGUUGGAAAAGAUAAAGAAGUAAAAGGGCUGAUGUAUAUUAUUUUAUUAGUUUCUAUUGCUGUGUAUCAAAGUUUUCCAGCAGUGCUCCUUUUUUUAGUUGUAAUCAUAGCAGAAGAGUUAAUACUUCUAAUAGAACACGGUGCUUCACGUGACAUUUUGAGGGAUGGAUUUUAACAGUGGGCACUAGUUCGUUUUUAUAACAAGUGUUCACCACUGCAGCUUCUCGGCUCCACUCACAGGAGGAGUUUGAAUUUUUAUUGUUUUUGUCUGUCUGAUUUCAGCUCGUAUUGUGUUGAAGGCCAUUAUGGCCAUUUAGCUCCAUAAUGGUAUGUGAGAUCAUUACAUGUAAUCCACCCGUAUGUGAUUUAUAUGACUAUUUACACAUCAGUAGUUUUAACAGUCACACAGAAUAGCUUACCCAUGUUAAUACAGUUGUGAAUUAAAGCAUCACUGCUUCAUUCAAACUGGUUGUAAGGGUCCAUUUAUUUUAUGUAUGUCUCUUAUACAUUUUGUUCUGUCUUCAAAGUGUAGAAUAAAUAAAAGCAUCUCAAGGUU